UCGUAAGAAAUUAAGGGGGGCAGGUCUCACGGAGCGGGUGCUGUAGCCUGGAAUAAGCAAGAAGAAGAAGACCUUUGUCGAAGUGACCAUGGCUUUUCAGCAUUUACUCGCACCGCGUUGACCUGAAUACGUCACCGUUGCUGCCUAUCAUCCCCAAACCCUCUCGCUGUCGUGUCCGUGAGGCACUUCCGCUACAGCGAUCCCACGAGUUCUAAGCAGCACCUUCGCUCUUUGGCUUCCAAUAGUGCUGGGCAGCUGGGAGCUUCAGGCGACCUCGACAACCAAGCUCGGCGGGCGAUCUUUCUGGACACCUCUGCGUCUACAAGCCCUGGCUCAGCAUCGCCAUGUAUCCAUUGGCAUUCGGCGUAAACACAGAUGGCUCCCCGAGUGCCGAAUUUCUGGAUGUACACCCGAGUGCGGAAUCGCCUGCCGACGACGACCUCGACGACCUUGGCGGCGGUGGUGGUGGCGGUGGUGGUCGCAGCGGUGGCGACGGUAGUGGUGGAAGUGGAGGUGUGGGUGACGGUGCUUCCUCUCCAAAAUCCUCUCCAGUAGGAAAACCACCACAUACAACCUGUACGUUGAAGCCGUCAGGUGUGGUGCCGUCCGGAAUGGUGCCAUCAAGUGUGCCAUCAUCGGGUGCGCCACCGCCCGCAGUGACAUCAGUUGCGCCACCGUCUGCCUUGCCAUUGCCUGUAUUGGGAGUGCCUACACCACAGCGUCCCGCUACUCCACGACUGACAACUUCGGCGACCACGACAACCACGACAAGGACCACGACCACGACGACGUUUGCACCAUUCACAGAACUCAUCUGCACGGUUUCCGGUUUCGCGGUCUUCAGCACCAUGUACCCGCCGGACGGCUUGUGUCACUUCCUGUUCUACUGGAACGUGGUUGUAAGCGGGGGCACCAUGCGGGGCGUAGAGGUGUCGACUUCAUGGGACGUCUUUAAAAAAGAAAUGAUAAAGCGCAAGAAUACUUCCGGAGGCAUCAGUUUUGACUCCCGGUACGUGACUGCUGGUAGUAUCCGCUCAGUAGAGAAGGAGCUAAAUGAUCUGACCACGAGAAACAUCAUGCACUACGGUGUUCUCAAUAUGUUGGCCACUGCAGCGAAAGCGCACGUCUUGUGGCAGCGGACCAAAGUGCUUCUUAAAGAACUCAAGACUAUACAAGGAAACGACAGCAACAAAAGGAUCAUACUGGCUAUGGGCCUAUACGAUUACGGCUCGCAAGGAGAAUAUUACGGUGACUUCACCAUUCUAUUCAGAGAAGCAAUCGAGCAGUCGAGCGCGGACACUGUCAUCGCCAUCAGCUCUGUAGGUUGGUUAUACGACAGGAGUCGGUGCGAAUGCACUCCGCCAUCCGUCUGGGACACGGAGGCAUUACCCGGCUUGCCCAGCACUUUGGCAAGGAAGUAUCCUGACCUGAGGAGGCAUGCAGUACUGAUGUCGAAACGCCACCGCUACAGCUUGAAGAUUAAAACGGGCCUGUCUUUCGAGUUGGCCACACUGGUGUACAAUAGGACACAAAGCUAUCAGCACCAAGGCGCUCUGGAUGUCGCAUUCUUAUACAGCGAGUGCAACCUCUUCUUUACGACGAACUAUGACGUCGUGCCAUGUAAAAAUGUUUCGCGCUUAACUCGUAGCCUAGUGCACCCGGACGUCGGCAUCGCAUCUGCGGAACUUCAGCCAUCUCUUAUUUUCAUCUUUGAGGACGAAGAUACUCUAGAGAAAAAGUGCAAUGACCUGGCAAGACUGUCUACCUACCUGCGUCCAAACAUGGCGAUACUCUUGUUGAACGUUCACCUCGGCGACUACUCCGUGAACUCAUGCGGCAAUGACGACCCACUGAGGGCCGACCCGUUUUGGCGUAUCCGCGUGGUGAAGAGGACGUUGGCUAUUACUUGACGUCCCACCGAGGUGGUUGCGGUUUCUGCUCUGAAAUGUGAAAACAUGCAGCACUUGCCUGAGGCAGGAACACAUGGGGAAUUUUUUGGGAUUUCUUUUAUUAUAAUGUUGUAUAUUUAUUAUAUAAUAAUUAAUGAUUCGUUGUUGCAUCGCCCUAGCUGGCCAUAUAAUGUUUCGUCCUUCUGUUCACUUUGAUA